AUGAAUGACAUUAAUUGUUUACAAUUGCCUCCAUUUCUCACUAUUCGCAGUAAUAUACCAGAUAAAGAAUUCAUUGGAAUUUAUUUAUUCGCUCAGGAUACUAAAAAUAUUAAUGUUGGAAGUUGGAAAACGAAGGAUUUAUUAAUUGAAAGUGUAUCGUGUGGUGGUUUGAUGCAUAAAUCAAAAGUAGAAAAAACUAGUAUUGAAGCAGUUUGGUAUCCUUCAUCAAACCUUGCAGGAGAUGUCAUGAUCAAAGCAAUUAUUAUUGAAAAUGACAAGAUAAUUUAUAUUGAUUGUUAUGGUAUCAUUUUAACUUCACAAACUAUCAAUCAUUCAUCAUUUCCUGGCGAAACAAGUCUUGGCCCAAAUACUACCACCACAAUUACAUCUUCCACUACUACACAAGAUACUACCACAACAAUUAGUAGCACACAGCCAACAACAAGUACAUUAACAACUACUUCAAGCUCUGCUAACACAACGCGAACUCCUUCACCUGCUGCUGAUGUUUCCGUCAAUGUAACAUGGAUAUUUGACAGUGUAAACAAUGUUACAAGUGUUCUUAUGACUGUGAACCAUCUAAAAUCAGGACAAUGGGCUGCUAUAGGUCUUGGAUUAAAAGAAGCUAUGGGUGAGGCUCAUGUGUUUAUGUGUAAACGACUUGCUAAUGAUACAAUUGUUGUAAAUCGAUAUAUGAAUCCUAAUAAUCAUCAACGUCCACAAUCUGCUGGAUCAGAACAAGGUGGUGUAUUUACGCCUGAUCAACAACAAUUUAAUGAAGGAAUUGUGACUUGUCAGUUCACUUUGUCACAGUUUGAAUCUGAAACAUUUCGACAACUGAAAACUAUUCAACCACUUUCUCAAUCAACCAGCUAUCAUCCAUUGUUUGCCGCUGGAUUACUGAAUGGCACUAAUGAGCCACAAAAACAUUUUGAGGAUUCACAUACAGCUCUAUCUCAGAUUGUUCAAUUAAAUCAAAAUAAAACAAUUCUUUAUAAGAUAAACACUACUGAUGAUGGAGAGUCACUUACAUUUGUACGAGUUCAUGGAACUAUAAUGAUCUUUACAUGGAUAUUAAUCGCUUCAACAGGUGCACUUAUUGCACGUUAUUUCAAAAAUCCUUGGGCAAAUCAUUUAAUUUGUGGUAAAGCUGCAUGGUUUGCUGCUCAUCGAUUUCUUAUGAGCACUGCUGCAAUUCUUACAGUGCUUGGAUUUUUAUUUAUUUUGGUCUUUCUUCAAGGCACAUGGGUAGACCAAGGUCCAACACGAUACUAUGCACAUUCCAUAACAGGUGUAAUUGUAAUAAGUUUUGCAUUUUUUCAACCUUUUAUGGCAUUAUUUCGUUGUGAACCUGAUAGUCGAUAUAGAUUUAUUUUUAAUUAUAUUCAUGGAUUUAUUGGCUUUUCAACAUUAAUUCUUUCAAUUUCAACAAUUUUUCUAGCUACUUAUUUUAAAGUAUUGAAAGAUACAAAAGCUCGAAUUCUUAUGAUAGUAUGGAUUGUUUGGAUUGUGUUAAUAUUUAUUAUAUUUGAAAUUAUUCAAUCUUAUUAUCGAAAGAAAUUGAAUGAAUCAGGUUAUUCAAAUAUAAAUGUAUCGAGUACAACAAUUGGCGAAAUUGUAGAAAGUCCAAAACCUUCAACAAUAACAUUAACUCAUUUUGUUAAUGAUGACGAAAAUACGUCAGAAAAAAAAUCAAAAAAUGUUCUUCUUGCUAUACAUAUACUUAUGGCUGCUGUAGUUUCAAUUGUUAUGACUAUAUUUCUUUUUUCAACGCAAUAA